UUAAUGUUUUUCACGCCGCGAAUUUUAAGUUUACUUUUAGUUAUUUAGAAAUAUGUGAGAUUCCAGCUCAAAAAAUGAUAAGUCAGGAAUCGAAAUAAUUGAAUCUGACAUAUCGUCAUAAUGAAUGAAAUAAAUAUGAUUGAAAGUUUUUUCAAGUCCCAUCAAAUACUUCUCUCCCGGCCUUGGUUGGAAAGUUGUAUAGAAUGGUGCAAAGAGGAAAAUCUUCCAGCAACUUAUUCUCUCAAAGACCUCCAAUACAGUGUAUUCGAACAGUGGUUGUUGCUGGACUUGCGAGAGGUGGAAGUUCCUUCACUACCUCCAAAUUUAUCUAGCAAAAUAAAAUUUACUUUAACUGGCAACUACUCCCUACAACUGAUGUAUGUCGUCGAUAUUUCCAAACCAAAAUAUUGGCAAAUUCAGAGAAUCAGAAACGGCAUUCCAAAGAAUGUUGAACAAGAAGCAGAAUCUUCUAAAAGGGUACUAUUGCUGACUCUAACUGAUGGAGUACAGCAAGUGGAAGCUAUGGAAUUGACACCCAUUCAAUGUUUAAACCUUAAUCUUCCACCUGGAAUCAAAAUAAAACUGAUGGGUCCUAUUGAUGUUAGGAGAGGAAGAUUGAUUCUUGAAGAAAAAAACGUGAAGGUUUUCGGAGGAGAAGUCGAUAGUUUAGCCGUUGAAAAUGCAGCUGAAAAUAUACUUGCCAAACAUUUGAAACUUCCAUUGAAUCCCACCCCUUUGACUAUUCAAGAAAGUUUAUUGACUGCUAAUAUGGGCAUGGUCAGUGAAACAGGGAUGUCUUCAAUAAUUUCCAGCACUACUCAAAAUAAUAGUAACACAAGCCUUCAGCAUUCUUCAUUGAAUUAUCAACCAACUUCCAAUGCUAUGAAUACGAACACAAGUAAUCCAUGGAAUAAUAUACCAAAACCCAUGAACUCAAUCCGUAACUCAACAGAAGUAAGAAACAAUCUUAGAAAUACUGUUCAGUUGACUAGAGACGAGAUUGAUUAUCAUGAAUUAGAAGAACAAAGAAUGAAUGAAGAAUUAGCUAUUCUGAUGGAAGUUGAGAGAGAUUUUGAAGAGACGCAAGCUAAAAGGAGGAAAACUAAUAAAACUCCAGAUAUGUCGUUCGACGAUAUGGAAAUUAGCGAUAGCGAAUUUGAAAAUAUAGUUAUCCCAGAACCACUUAUUGCCACGGGAGUCGAAGCUGAGAAUAAAACUUCCGCAAACCCGGAGACUGUUUGUAAACCUACCACUUCAGAGAAUAAUCUAGAAGUGGUAGAUUUAUCGGACAGUUUGGAACUAGAGAAUGAUGUGUUCGAAGAUCUAGAUAUUGAUGCACAUUUAGAUAAAAUCGAUAGGGAAAAUGGUGUGUCAGAACCAAAAUUAUGGACAAUAGAUGACCUCGUUAAAAAUAUGCCAAACAUCACUAAUGACAAAUUCAAGAUAAGAGGCAAAUUCAAAUCAAUAGUGGAGAAGAUGACUAUAAUUGAUGAUGAAUUUCACUUAGUGAUUAAGGUGGAAGAUGAAACUGGUGAUAUUAGCGUAAGGUUGCAUAAUAAUAUAGUAGCGAAUUAUACUGGAGUAUCUGCUGUUGACCUCAUGAAAUUGAAGACUGAGAUAGCGGAAAAUAAUGCAGUGGCACAGGGGAAAUUUUUAGGGGCUCUCAAAAGUUUGAAGGAGAAACUCGUUGAACUAGAUGAACUUGCAGAAGUCCAGGUGAAUGUGAGAGAAAAAUUUCCAGUUGUUUUAAAGUUCCUGUGAUAGAAAGUGAAUGGAAAUUGAUCACAAAUUCUGUUGCUAUUCCAGUAACUGGUGACGGAAUGUUAUAUAUUGAUAAAAAAAGGUUGAAUGAAAAAUAUGUAAGAAUAAUUGAGAAACGUUCUGAAAAUUCGUGUAAUAAGUACCUUUCAUUGAAUUGAGCGAAAUAAAUUUAUUGGUAGCCAGA